AUGGCUCUUUCUUGUCGUGUCACAUGUUAUCAAAUCGAUCUCCGUUAUACUGGAGGUGCCCAUAUGCUUUUAAUGCUGUCACUAAAGUUUGGCAUUAUACCACUUGUGGCGCCAAUUGGUGUUCGAGAUUUUGACAUUGAUGGGGAACUUUGGGUCAAAUUGAGAUUGAUUCCAACAAAGCCUUUUGUAGGAGCUGUUUCAUGGGCUUUUGUUGCACUUCCAAAAAUCAAAUUCAUGUUGUCACCAUUCCGCUUGUUCAAUUUAAUGGGUGGAUUUGUCAACAUUAGGGAGGCUGUUGGCAAGGUUGAAGGUGAUUUUUAUGCACGGUGGAGGUCCAACGAGCAAUUCCCAUUCUAGCAAAAGCAUAUGGUGACAGCAUGCACAAAAUUCUGCAUGUUGGCCCUGAUACUUGUUCAGUGGUUUCUAAAUUGCUAAAGGAGAAAGAAACUGAAGCCUCGGGUGUGGAACCAUAUGACAUAGAGGAUGCUGAUAGAAACUGCAAAGCUCUUGUGAAGAAAGGCAUUAUGCCUAUUGCCGACAUCAAGUUUCCAC